AUUUCCUCAGCCUUUUUCCAGAGUUAUAACUGCAGCUGUACCCAGGAUCAUAAGGCAAAAUCUGACUGACUGUCAGUGCAUUUCUUCUUCCAGUAAAGUCUACAGGUUUCAGUGAGCCAAACAUGGCAAACUCAUCACGGAUCCAAAAUGUUGUUCCUCGGCCUGGCUUCUCUGCCUUGCAUCGGCUGAGAAAAAAGCGGAAAGGCCAGCGCAUGAGGGACCCACUCGAUGAUCUCCUGCUGAAGACUCUGACAUCUCAGCGGGCCAUGGAAGAGCGCUUCUUGCAGAUGGAAGAACGACGAUUUCAGCGAGAUUUGGACGUGGAGGAGCGUCGGAUGCAACUGGAGCAGCGCCGGUUUGAACUGGAGCGGGAACAUGAGUUUCGCAUGUUCAAUGUCUUUGCUCAAAUGCUCAGCAUCCUAAAGCAGAGCCAUAGUGGCUCCUCCUCCACUGUUACUAUGCCUCAGGGUUUGGACUUCAGCCAGGCACUGUCUGAAAUUGAGGGAAUGGGAGGAAGAGGGAGCAGCCUUCAAGAGAUGAGGGUUCGGCCGCUUGCCAAGAAGAGGGUUGACAUGCACAGCUUCUGUAACCCCAGCGGCUUCCAGAGAAGCCCCUACCUCUCUGCUCGUGGCAACUUUGCCAACAUUUUUCAGGGCUCCACUGAGGAAGGUUACAAAGCCUAUCACGCUGACAAGUAUGAUGAAGACAAGAACCCCAAUGGUAUAAUAAACUUCGGCACCAGUGAGAACAAGCUCUGCUUUGACCUGAUGUCCAAGCGGCUGACACAGGCUGAUAUGAAUGUGAUGGACCCUUCACUGCUUCAGUAUCCUGACUGGAAAGGACAUCUGUUUUUACGGGAAGAAGUGGCUCGAUUUUUGACCUAUUACUGCAAGGCCCCUGCACCUCUUAAAGCAGAGAAUGUGAUUAUUUUAAAUGGUUGUGGCUCUUUAUUUUCUGCAUUAGCUACAGUCCUUUGUGAUCCAGGGGAAGCUGUUCUGAUUGCUACACCCUUUUAUGGUGGUAUUACCCAGAGUAUCUUCCUCUAUGGUAAUGUCAAGCUGGUGUAUGUCUAUUUAGACAGUAAGAUUACUGGAACAAGCACUCGGCCUUUUCAGCUUACGGUGGAAAAACUGGAAAAAGCCUUGCAGGAUGCCCGGGCAGAGGGUGUCACUGUAAGGGCCUUAAUUCUUCUGAAUCCCCAAAAUCCCCUUGGGGACAUCUACUCCUUGACAGAGCUACGGGAUUACCUGGAAUUUGCUAAAAGACAUGAAUUGCAUGUGAUAGUAGAUGAGAUCUACAUGCUGUCAGUUUUUGAUGAAUCAGCAACGUUUCACAGUGUCCUAAGCAUGGACAGAUUGCCUGAUCCACAGCGGACUCACGUGAUGUGGGGCAUAACCAAGGAUUUUGCUGUUUCUGGAAUUCGUUUUGGUACCUUAUAUACAGAGAACCAAGAUGUUGUCAAUGCAGUGGCUUCUUUGUGUUAUUUCCAUGGGGUUUGUGGACCUGUCCAGCACAAGGUUGCACAGCUGCUUAGAGACAGAGACUGGAUCAACCAAGUGUACCUGAGGGCCAACCAUGCCCGCCUGAAAGCGGCCCAUACGUAUGUGACAGAUGAGCUGAAGACGCUUGGGGUUCCUUUUCUCAACCGCAACGCAGGCUUCUUUGUCUGGAUUGAUUUCCGAAAGUACCUUAAGACAGGCACAUUUGAGGAGGAGUUGCUGCUCUGGAAGCGUUUUCUGGAUAAUAAGGUCCUUCUGUCCUGUGGAAAAGCCUUUGAGUGCAGUGAACCUGGAUGGUUCCGCAUCAUCUUUGCUGACAAGACCCACCGGCUGCAGUUAGGUAUGCAACGGAUACGCAAGGUUUUGGAAGAACGUGAGCAGGAGAUACUGGCUGAGGAGAAGGAGCAGCCUUGUCAAUCAGAUCAGGAUGGCAAAGCAGAUAGCACAGAUGAAGUCAUUUUUUUAUCCCGCCACCAGGACUCCACCUGUGCCAGUAGCUCCAGCCUUGGUGACCUCAUUGGCCUCCUGCAGCAACAGAUGCGUUCAUCUGACUGGCUACAGAAAAAUACAGCCGAGCAGUUUGCCCAGGAAAAGCCAGAGAUCUAUGAUGUGUUCAGCAAACUGGUGGGGAAGCAAUAGGGGUCAGUGUGCCUUCAGGGGCAUUCCUGAGCAGGGACUGGCCCUGGCCCCCUAACAACUCAGCAGUGACUUCCAGCAAAUAAUAUAUUUUCUGUAUAGCAAGAAAAUUACUUUGUAGGCCCCCUCCUCUCCCCUCUAUUUGAGAUCUCUAAUUUGUACUAUAUAGGUGUGUUUUCUUGGAUUGGGGUGAGGGUAGGGAAUGGGGCAGGGGGGUGUCUUGUUUAUGUGCUGCUGUCUGUUCUGCGGCAUCAUUGUAUUUUAUAUUUCAUUUCUAAUGAAUAUGCUCUUAACUCUCUUAUAAGGUCCUGUGGUGUAAUUUUUUAUUCUUCUUCACACUUUCCAAAAAGAGACUAUAGAUUGAUAAGUUAUGUGAAGUUUCCCCGCUUCUUAAAUGAUGAUCAGGUGCAACUGUUCUGCAGCCAGCUGUCUCAAAGAGGUGUUUUUGGGAGAUAGAAUCUAGUGUCAGCCCUAACUUAGCCCUACCUAAGGGUAAAAAAACAUGUGCAUAGAUUCGUCUUCAUUAUUGAGGUCUUAGGAUCAUGGCCAUCUAACUGAGUUCUAUAAAUCUUUUCAUUUUGAGUUGGUUUCCAGUCUGACCUCAGAUCAGACAGUAUCCACCACCCUCAGUUGGUGAAAUGCCUGGUUUUGUUUCUACUCUUCUUUUUCAUAUUCACAUAAAUAAACUGUAUCCAUUGGCCUCUUGGCAGAAUGUCCAGAAAAGAGCUACAAAGGGAGAGGCAAUAGUAAGCUGAUGUUCUUUUUGCAUUUUUUCUAUUCCUGGAAGUCCAUCCCUUGUGGUUAACAAUGACAUAUAUUGGCAAAAGAGUGCAGAGAAUGCUUCUGCCACUGUGCUAGUUGUACCUGCAGGUACAGCUGCUUCUGUCACCUAGCACAGGCAUCCAAGGAUGCACCUUCCACCAUCAUCACAAUAAUUAAUGCAAUUUUUUUUCUUUGGUUCUCAAUUUGCAGGGUAAUUUUUUUUUACUAAAUGGUAUUCUUCUGUCUCCUUCUUCUAUUUCCCAUUUUAAGAAACUGUUUUCUAUAUGCUGGUGGUAGAGUAUUUCAACUGGAAAGCUUUUUUCACCGAUAAAAAGCUCUUUAACUCCUGGUACUAUAAAAUUUAGGUAUCCUAAAGGAAUUUGAGUUGGUUUUCCUGUAUAUAUAUUAAUCAAGAGUUGAAGGAAAUUGCCCAUGAAAACUGAAUAGAAGUGCACUUUUCCCCUCCUCAUAGAUUUUGGCAUAUGGGCAUGAGUGACAAAAGCACAUCUGCAUCAUAAACCAAAUUACCAAAGCAUAGGCAACAAAUAAUUGAUGCACCCACAAUUUGCUUUGGGGUGAUGGCAGAGAACUGCUUGAACAGUGAAAAGGAAAGUCUGAGCAGUGGCUGAAGAGAAGAUGGUGCUGGUUGUGGCUGCUGUGAGCAGUAACCAGUUCCUCCUUCAGUGAUGAGGCCAAGGUUGGUGAGGUGAUUGGUAAGAUCAGUAUAAGGGAUAGCUAUAAACAUAAUGUUUGCUAACUAGUUUGGCAUUUGUCCAUGGACAAUAUUUUAAAGUCCACAAAGCAAGCUAUAGCAGAAGACAGGUCUCCUUAAUGGAAUGGGAGGUGAGAUGUACAGCCAAAUUACAAAUGGACUUCCUGAUUGACCCCUCCUUAUUUAUGUACCCCAAGGAAGACCUGAACAACAAAAUUUUAGGGAGCAAGCUCUUUGAAAUCAAGAACCAGGUACGACAUUAGUUAAAGUGUUAUUUUAGGGGAUCCCUAUAACAAAUUGAACCCAUUAAUUACUCCUAAUUUUCUUUUGUUCUAUUAAUUCUUACAGUUGGAGUAUAUGAAUAUACAGUAGUAACAAUGUCCUGGGGUGACUUUAUGAUACUGGUAUCCCAAAUCGUCUGGUUUAUGUUAUAUAUUAAGUUCUGCACCUUUAAGAUUGGCUUUGAGAGCAAGAGAGGGGGAAGAAGAAGCGCGCAGUUUGUGUUAAAGAAAAACAUCACUCCCAUACCUGAGUCUACUUCUGGGGCAGGGGCCUCAUUGGCUCCUCUAAUAUAAUAAAAUAAUAUAAUAUUUUUUGCCCAUAUAUAUUUACUGCUCAGAAGGCAGGUUUAUUGUACUGUUUCUGUGUGGAUUCAGCCAGUAAAUCACACCUCUGCAGGAAAGAGGGUGUAAUAUGCUUUCAGAAUCCUCACAGCUAAUGUAGUAUGGCCCACAGUUACAUCUGAGCUUGCUGUAACUCAACAGAACACACACACACUUUGUUGCAUGGAGUAUUUUCUAUGGGUGUUUCAAGUUAAACACCUGCCUGAGGAUCUCUCCACUGAGGAAUGUUAGCUUGGUCACAGAAAAUAAAAAUUCAACUGGAAAUGAGGCAA